UCUGUUGUCUCAAAUGCUUCAGAGAUUGCAAUUGGGACUCUUGUCUUUGUUCUUCACACCCCCUCCAAAAUCAGGCGUCCGAAAUGAGGAGUCUCCUGCGCGCGCGCGCGCGCGCACACACACACACACACACACACACACACACGCAGGUCCGGCGGGGCCAGACGUCUGGGCGCGGGCAGCCUCUUGAUUCUUUUACAGUCUCGUCCCAUCCUGUCAGGCCUCCUCUCCCCUGACGACAAAAAGCCCAAUUGUUUCUCCUCAGGAUUUGAAACAGUCGUGUGAAGUUUGAAAAGUGCGCGGUCCCCCUUUUUACAGGCCACAAAGGGCUCACUGGUUUGUGGUCUCCACUAGAAAUUAGGGACAGGGGUGGAAGGUGUACGUAGAAAGAAAAAAGCUUAGGGCUUCUUUUGUUUUCCUCCUCUGUGUGGUGUUUUUUCUUUUUUUUUUUUUCUGUUUUUUAGCUUAUCUACACAAUUUCAUGCACCGUUUCCUGAUCCCCGACGCCCGCUACCUAUCCCUCCCCUUUUCCUGCUAGUUACGAAAGUUUUUCCUGCUGGCCGCUUCUGCGGCUACUCUCCCAGAAAACUGGUGGAGCCGGUGGCUGCGGCGCCUUUUCGCAAAGGAGCCGCUAGAUGGCACCCUUGCUCCACGUGAAACUCCCAGGAGCGGCGGCUCAGGAUGUCUGCGCUCCGCACCGCGCCUUGGUCGGCCCUGAAUCCAGGAACUGAGUGCUACCAAAAGUCAUGAAUAAUUUGCCCCCAAUAAAAAAAAUAGGGCUCUUUAUGGCCUUACCCCCAUUUUAUAGAUUUCAGUUAUAGUAGUGUUCCCCAUCUUCUCAAAUGGUCAAUUUCUGAAUUUUCCCCACGAGGAGGGCUUAGUGCUUCUCACCCAGUUGCUGUGUUCCGUGGGGCAACAAAUGCGUGAAAACGGGGAAUAAUAGUAAUAAUAGGAAUAAUGGGUCCAAAUCCAAAAGGAGAAUUGAUUCGAAAAAACGAGAUUUUCCGUGAAGGGAGGCGAAAGGAAUGUCCUCGGAUGCGGGUGAGCAGGUCAGGUGAGAGGGGCGAGUCGGCAAAAGAAGGUAGGAUGGAGAGGAAGCUGCCCUGAGGCGGGCUGCCCACCAGCUAGAGAGAAAAUCAAUCGCAUAAGCCAGCCCGAGACCCCCCAAUUUGUGUGGGGGAAUGGAGCCAUAGCUUUUGUGGGGAUUCGGAGGUGCUCGGAGCCGGCAGGGCGGCUUCGCAGGGGCGCAAGCUCUGGUGCCUUUGUAUGAGUCCGGGGCUGGGCUGGGCUCUCGCAGGGCGAUCUAGGCACGGGGCAGGGGCUCCCCAGGGCAGCGGGGUGCGGGAAAGCUCGGAUAUCGCCUCUGGAUGCUUUGCGCGGCCCCAAAGAAUGCGCGUUUUCCCAUGGGCGCGAAGGCGGGCGCGGCGUCAGGACGCUGGAGCUCGGUUCUCCCUGGGUUCCUCAGCUUCCAGGUGAGAGUUGCGGCUUCCGCGCGCCUUGGCCCUGGCCGCAGGCAAACCUGGGGGCGCCGGUCCUUUCCUCAUUGAGCAGUUGGAGGUCUGGACUCCAGGCACUUUCGUUUUGAGACCCGCACCCUGGUGACUGUCCACAGCCCCUUGCAUUCCAAAUCUCCUAUGUCCUCCCGGCCCCGCCGGAUCCCUGCCUUCCAUCCGACAAACCUGCGCCAGCAAUAGAUACACCCUCCCCUUCAAAAUCACCCCAGCUGCAACAUCUCCUCUCCCCCACCAGGACUCAGUGUAAGGAGGUAAGCGGAGUUUCUCCUCAACUUGAAUUUCUCUAAUAAAUCUGCCCUCCACUGGGUGUUUAUAAAUUGUCUCCUCGCUCUUUCUGGUCCCCCCCCCACUCCAUAAUAGAAACAUUUUCCUUCCAUCAGGAAUUUCUGGCACUGUGUAGAGAUGAUUUAGAACAAGCCAUUGAAUUUGUACCUCGCCGGUGAGUUUUCAAAUAAUGACCAUAAAAUCCUCUGCACUUGAUAAAAAUGUUUGCUUCGGCAACAACUUAACUCGGCCCUCCGUUGCCUCACGGUCCCCUCAGCCAGGCGCUGAAAAUUCAAAGCCCUGGUUCUCUCCACUCCUCCUUUCCUUUACCUCUCUCCCCCUUCUAGCCCCUCUCUCAUUCUCUGGGUUCACUUUUGAAGAACUAAAUGACCUCACUGGUAAGGUUCCCUUUGGAAAUGUGAGUUUCAUUUUUACAAAUGUUAGGGUGUAUGGGGUCCCCAAAAGGUGCCCGUGGAAAAACAAACCACUGUUUCCUGAAUAAACAAUGGAUUGAAUGUAUUUGUAAAGCCUCCACUUCUGUUGCUCAAAAUUUUCUUUCUUUCUCUCCUUCCUCUUCCUUACCAAUCUGCUGCUACAGGAGGCUAUUGGUUCUGACCCUCAGACUGAGGCCUUCUAAAGCCUGGCCACCAUCAUCGUGAGGCCCGGUAGGCAGGGAAUGCGGUGGCCACAGAGUGUGGCACCCAGUCAGCUUGUUCCAGCUUUCCGUGUUCAGGCCUCUGGUCCCCAGGUCUGCAGGGAGAGCCAGGUUUAACCAGUGGCUCCCCAAGGGGAAAGGAGAGAAAAUGGGGGACUUAGAAACCUUACUCUAUCUGAAUCCCACGCCGAAGUCAGUUUAAGUGGUGACUGGCUCAAAAGAUCUUGGGGACACUGAGGACUAAUAGAUGCCUCCCAAACACAUACUCUGCAGGCACUGCCUAGGGCGGCUGAGAGCAUAGGACAGCAGACACCAAGGCCAGGUGCCAGGGUCUGAUACCGAACCUUCUUUCCUUUUGAUGCGUUGAUGGGCUCAGUGGUGCCCUCUCACCCUAGGGCACUGCAGAAGGUGUGGGGGUCGGCCUGAGAAGGUUGGGAGCUGCUAAUAAUUGGGCUUGGCUACUGGGUCCUGAGGUGCAGUUGUGGGGUAGCCCAGUGGGGCUUCAUCCCUCUGAUGGCAUCAGGCCCUCUCCCCUCAUGCAAAGUCUGCCCUCAAAAGUGCUGACUGGGCUGAAGGGCCUUCGGGGAGACCCCCUUUUCAGCAAGCAGAGAUUGCACAAACCUGCAGAAUCGGCAGUGGCAGCUCGAACUUUGCUCUGUGCUUCAACCACUGCUCAUUAACCAGAAAGUUUCUUCUUCCCUGCCGUUCCCUUCUUAAGAUCUCCCAGAUCCCUGUUUCACAGAAAAUCUUUGCUUAUUUGUUUAAUGAGAGGAAGUUUUGUGACUGGCCAGGGCAGGGCACAGAGGGCAGGGCAGAGAGGGCAGGGCAGAGAGGGGACCUUUUGGGGGCUCCAGAGAAGGGGUGGGGGCAGGUGCUUGCCAGGACGGAAGGAGAUGAAAAUCUCAGAAAAGUCACCGUUUGUGCCGAAAAAAAUCCCCAUAAUCAUUCUCAUUUCGGCUUCGUCACCCCCACCGUGCUGCAGUCGGGCGGCGGGGGCGAUCGAAGCUGCAGUUUUAUAGCUGUAGAGGAAAGAACUCGUAAAAUGCUAACAGCUUUUAUGCGCUGCGGCAUAAACAACAACAGACUCCGGCUUUAUUGCGUUUUAUAGUUUGUUAAAGAGUUUACAGCCGUUUUUUGGGGGGCCGGUUACCCAGCCAAUUCCCUCCACACGAUAGUUAAACCUUUAUCAAUAAUAAGGAAAUUGAUCAUUAAAGCUUUAAAUAUGACUACCUCGUUUGUUUGAAAAUAUGUUUAGGAGAGGAAGCUGUAUGAUUUGAUAACUUGUAUUAAAAUACCAAUUACAUUUAUAGGACCUUUUAAAACUCGGCGCAAUUAAACCGUGUUCUUUUACAUUUUUCCGAAGCGACCCUGACAUUUAGAAAGACUCCAAUUGCCUCGUUAAAAUCGCGAAAUUAACAGCGUGCCUACGCCUGGUGCGUUGUGUAUGUGUGUGUGCGUGUUUUUUUCCGUGACUCCCCCACAUCAGUCUUUGGGGGUGGUCUGCGAAGCUCUCUCUCUCGCUCGCUCUCUCUCGCUCUCACCCUCGCUCUGCGUUCUGUCCGGGAGGAGUACGAAGAAGCCAAUAGGAUGCGGGGUCUCUAAUGGAUGCAAAUGAUCAUGAAAAGACAGUGCAAAAUAUGAAACAACUCAUUUGCAGGGAAGUAAAUCACCGAAAACUGUUUAUGAACUGGCAUCCCUUCUUCGAAAUGUAAAGCGAGGACCUCUUUAAGUGGCGCCCCCAACUACAGCCUCCGCCGCCGCCGCCGCCUCAAAAUUCAAUAAAAUGAGCUCUUAUUUCGUCAACUCACUGUUCUCCAAAUACAAAACCGGGGAGUCCCUGCGCCCCAAUUAUUAUGACUGCGGCUUCGCCCAGGACUUGGGCGGCCGACCCACCGUGGUGUACGGUCCCAGCAGCGGCGGCAGCUUCCAGCACCCUUCGCAAAUCCAGGAGUUCUACCACGGGCCGUCGUCGCUGUCCACGGCUCCCUACCAGCAGAACCCGUGCGCCGUGGCGUGCCACGGGGACCCCGGCAAUUUCUACGGCUACGACCCGCUGCAACGCCAGAGCCUAUUCGGUGCGCAGGAUCCAGACCUGGUGCAGUACGCAGACUGCAAGCUUGCCGCCGCCAGCGGCCUGGGCGAGGAGGCCGAGGGCUCCGAGCAGAGUCCGUCGCCCACACAGCUCUUCCCCUGGAUGCGCCCGCAAGCAGCCGCCGGACGCAGGCGAGGCCGACAGACCUACAGCCGCUACCAGACCCUGGAGCUGGAGAAGGAGUUCCUAUUUAAUCCCUAUCUGACUCGCAAGCGGCGAAUCGAGGUAUCGCACGCGCUGGGACUGACAGAGAGACAGGUCAAAAUCUGGUUCCAGAACCGGAGGAUGAAGUGGAAAAAAGAGAACAACAAAGACAAGUUCCCCAGUAGCAAAUGCGAGCAGGAGGAGCUGGAGAAACAGAAGCUGGAGCGGGCCCCAGAGGCGGCGGACGAGGGCGACGCGCAGAAGGGGGACAAGAAGUAGGCUCCAGCUGGGACUGCCAGGGCCGCGGCCGCCCGCACGUCCGCGGGUCCCGGCCGCGCAGCCGCCGCGCGCCCCUGCCCGAGAGAGCUCUCGCCCCGCUAGCGGGGCCAGGAGCCGGGCCUCCCACCGCAGCGUCCCCCGCCGCGCUAGUCCCCGCUAGUGGUAGUAUCUCGUAAUAGCUUCUGUGUGUGAGCUACCGUGGAUCUCCUUCCCUUCUCUUGGGGGCCGGGGGGAAAAGAAAAGGAUUUAAGCAAGGACUCCCUCGCCUUGUGAGGCUGAGCGGCCAAGGCCCGGCUGAGCCCCCCAUGCCCCUCCCCACCCCAUGUAAAAAGCCUCCUUGUGCAAUGGUCUUUUUUUCCUUUGAACGUGCUUCUUUGUAAUGACCGAGGUACCGAUUUCUGCUAAGUUCUCCCAACAACAUGAAACUGCCUAUUCACGCCGUAAUUCUGUCUCCCUUCUCUCUCUCUGUCUCUCUCUCUCUCUGUCUCUCUCUCUCUGUCUCUCUCUCUCUCUCUCUCUCUCUCUCUCUCGCUGCGUCCUCAUUUCCCCUCCCAAUCCUCUCUCCUCGCUGCACCCCCCAGCUCGCUGGCUUUCUCUCUGGCUUCUCUCUUUUCCUCUCCACCCACCCCCUUUGGUUUGACAAUUUUGUCUUAAGUGUUUCUCAAAAGAGGUUACUUUAGUUAGCAUGCGCGCUGUGGGCAAUUGUUACAAGUGUUCUUAGGUUUACUGUGAAGAGAAUGUAUCCUGUAUCCGUGAAUUGCUUUAUGGGGGGGAGGGAGGGCUAAUUAUAUAUUUUGUUGUUCCUCUAUACUUUGUUCUGUUGUCUGCGCCUGAAAAGGGCGGAAGAGUUACAAUAAAGUUUACAAGCGAGAACCCGA